AUGUCAACUGAAUCUCCUCCACCACGACCGGCUGAUGAGUCCGAUGAAGACCAAACCUACCUCGAGGUACUCAACUACACCUCCACGGCGCGCUAUCUCGAGGAUUUGUGCCGCAGAUUAAUGGCUGAAUACCUUUCUCCCAACUUCCGCAACUCCUCGUUUAUCAACAGGCACGUGCACAAGGACUUCACUUGGAACGAUGCUGGAACGAUGCUGGGCGAUGGCCCGCUGCCACAUUUCCGUGGCCGGCAAGACCAUUUCAAGGUCUGGGAGAAGUUCCAACAAGAAAAUCCCACGUACGUAGCGGAGGCCUACAAUUACACUGCCAAGGUUCACCGCGGCACUCGAACCGCUGAAGUGUACUUCACCACACUCGAGAAGUGGAUGUCAAAUGGCAGGCUAGUGACACGAGAAUCUUGUGGUGUCAGUUUCUGGGAGCGGCAGCCUGAAGACGACACAGUUCCUUGCGAGGCGGAGGCGGCUCUGGGAUUUGGUGAAGCCAUCAAGGCUUCAUCAACGGAGCCUGUGGUCGCUCACGUAGAGCUCACAGCUCCUUACAACUCAUUAUGGGUGAGCUUCAACUUGUCGAACACAGCGGACAGAAGGCAGUGUGAGCCACCUGCUGGCCCCCAUUUACAAAGCAGGUCGCUUUGA